UCGAGAGGAUUAGAGGUCGGCCGGUAGAAGACUUCGUAGAAUUCGCGACGAACGGCUCGCAUUUCGACGGGUCGUUCCGUGUUUACUGCGCCGGGAUAAUACUAAUUGGAGCCGUGUUCUCGCCGGUCGAAAUUUUACGUUUAUCUGCUGAAAACGGGCCCGUGCGUCCCGGCGAUAGCGUUCAGCAACGGGGAAACUUAGUUCGGUAACGAUCGGGGCCAUUAAGUAUUGUGUAAUUCAAAUGGCACUGUUAGCUACGCUCGCGGCGCGGCGCGGAGUUCCAGUUCCGGGGACGGGGCGGAACGUUCGACGGAGCCGACGGCGAUACAGGCUACUUGCAACAUGUUGCAUUGUUCCAUUGUGACUUCGCUUUCAUCGCGCGGUAACUUUGUCUGGUAAUUAUUCUAAUUAGCCGAAGGAAUUUUUAGCCCGUCGCGUAAUCCUCCGCCGCGAUUACCCGGCCGGCUAUUGUCGGGGAUACGCUGCGAACUUCUUUUUUUCCUGUUCUUUCUCCUCCGGCGAUUGACGCGUCUCGUUAGCCGGACCGGUUCGAUCUUAGCACAAUAGAUCGGAAGACGUUAUCGGUUAAUUGCUUGCCUCGCGGACACGAGCAACGAACCGCCGACUCAUCUCCGACGAUCCCGUUUUAGCGUAGCAGAUUGAAACGACACGUUGCGCUUCCGGCAGUGGGGCGAAUGAUAAACGCGAGUGCGAUCGAUUCUGCGAUUCCGAGACACUCGAUUAUCACGAGGGCUGUUCCGUCCGCGUCGAUUCGCUGGAGAACGGUUUAUAACAAAGUGUUCCGCGUUGUCCGAAAGUGAACGAGUCGUGAACGAGUCCUCGAGGCCACUCGAGCGAUUGGAUCACUGCCUCGGUUUCUGGUCGUUGGAGGAACGGUGUUUAGUUUUCGAUGGACCAUUCGCGGCGGAGCCUUUGAUGAAUCGGUGAUUUGUUCGGGUUAACUUGGUGAAAGGAGGAGGAAGUCGCGCGGAGAGCGUCUGGCGCCGUCAACGGAACGAAUUCUAGACGGCCACCGUGCAGAAUUUCGUCGAGGCUGUUCAUACGGAGUCACUUUCGGAGACAGAUCCAGUGGCACGAGCUGCGCCGCCGUCAAUUUGCUUCUGCCCGGUUCCCGGCACCUCGUUCACGGACACGGAGUCAAGGCAGCGAAGCUGAACAGUGGGUGCAAUGAGCUAAUGACGUAACCGGAAAUACGAGGCCUCCGAACCUUGGCCUCGAGAACCAGCUAUCAGAGACUACAUCGGUGGGUUGGUUGUCCCCGAAACACGUCCAGAUACGUCGCAACGACGAUCGCCGCGGCGAUAUGUCGUUCCUGUUGAGCCGGGGCGGCCGGAAGGGGCCCAUCAUCUGCUUCGUCGGAAUUUUGCUGAUCUUCGCGCUUUAUCAGCUGGGUAUCAUCUGCGGCUCCAUGAAGUCCGUUCCCACUGCGAUGAUGGUCGCUAAAGAGAAAUACGUGAUGGGUCCGUUCGAUCACAAGAGGUACACGUACGAUCGCUAUAUGCCGUUAAUUUUCAUCGGCGGCGUGCCGCGCUCAGGCACCACCCUGGUGCGCGCCAUGCUGGAUGCACAUCCCGAUGUCAGGUGCGGCCAAGAGACCAGGGUGAUACCGAGGAUCCUGCAGAUGAGGAUGCACUGGCUGAAAUCGGAGAGGGAGAACCUGCGGCUGUCGGAGGCGGGGAUUUCGAAGGAAGUGAUGGACAGCGCGAUAGCGGCGUUCUGCCUGGAGAUCAUAGCGCGCCACGCGGAGCCGGCGCCGCGGUUGUGCAACAAGGAUCCCCUCACUCUGAAGAUGGGCUCGUACAUCCUCGAUCUCUUUCCAAAUGCCAAGUUUAUCUUCAUGAUCCGCGACGGCCGUGCCACCGUGCAUUCCAUUAUCUCGAGAAAGGUCACUAUCACUGGCUUCGACCUGUCCUCCUACAGGCAGUCGCUGAUCAAGUGGAAUCACGCGAUAUCCAUAAUGUAUGGACAGUGCAAGGAGAUAGGGUCGGACAAGUGUCUGAUGGUGCCGUACGAGCAGCUGGUGUUGCAUCCGCGUCAGUGGAUGAAGAAGAUCCUGAACUUCCUGGACGUUCCUUGGAACGAAUCUGUCAUGCACCACGAGGAGUUCAUUAACAAGCCGGGCGGCGUGCCUCUUAGCAAGGUCGAGAGGUCGUCGGAUCAGAUCAUAAAGCCAGUCAACUUGGAAGCGCUGACCAAGUGGGUCGGCCACAUUCCGGACGACGUAGUCAGAGAGAUGCCUGACAUCGCGCCGAUGCUUUCUGUGCUCGGCUAUGAUCCUUAUGCUAAUCCGCCGGUGUAUGGAGCGCCGGAUAGGCUGGUUAGCGAAAACACCAGACGGGUGCUGGCGAACGGCGAGGUAUGGGCAGCAAGGGCGCGCCAGUUCUCCCUGGAGAAGCUGAUCGAGCUGAGCAAAGAGGACGAGACCACCAACGCGGCAAACGCGUGACCUCGGUUACACGCUACCCUAGGCGCGCGGACCUUGAACCUGUACAAUUUCUGCAACGUUUAACGAGCCGAUGGAAGCUCACUGGAGAGCCAGUACCGAAUCACCGUCUGUGAAGGCGGACACGCGUCACUCGGCUCUUAUUCUCGCGUAGACUCGCGGACAGCGAACCGAGCUCUGGACUACUUUAACUAUAAGAUUGACUCCCAGUCCGGCGUUUCGCGUUCGAAGGUAACGACACGGCGAAGCAAUCGAUCCAGGAUCAUCAAACGAAAGUUCACUCGCCGGUCCGAACCGAAAGGGCCGUUUUUACCGGUUGGAAAUUCGCCGGAACCGCCCCGAAAGGGGAAGCUGAUUUACGUGGCAGAUGGUUCACGCAGUUUCGGAUGCGCGACGGCCCGUUCCUGUAAUUGUGAAUCCCUGGCCGACCAAACUAUUCUUCAUGGUCCCAUUCGGCUGGGUUUACCGCUUCGCCGCGCCAUUAUCUCGGGACGCGGCAGCGCCGGGCUCUCGCAUUCGCACGCGAACGAUCGCGGUUCGCGCGGCCACGCGACGAUGGUUAUUCUCUCUGUAUAUUUUAACCGGUAGACGUUGAAACGCGAGGCGGCAUCCGCGUUGUAAAUAGCCGCACGGUUGUCCCGCGUGACGCAGCUUCGCCGUUCCGGAGCGGCGCGCCGUUAACGGCCGGAUUUAACGCGAUCGUCGCCGAUCCUCUCUGGAAAACGCCGUGUCAGCUGGUCGCCGAUUACCUUUGUCUAUUAUGAUAGUUCGACUAUUUUACUUCGAUUAUCGCGGCCCGCGGAGGGUGGAACGCUGAACUGGUCCCGUGCGAUCAGUGACUGGAACGUGGAUCGCAGAGGUCCGAUGCGGAAGCGCGUUGAAAAGUUUUCGAGAGUGAGAGUUUCUUCUUUGGGAUUGUAACGAUUUUGUUUUGUAUUCUUGUAUAACGAAUUGUCUUUGACACGUUCUGUGCCAUGUAUGGUACGCGAGUUUCUGAGAGGAAAUAUUUUUAAACUGUUACUAAAUAAUGCUUAGGAAAUUCAGUAUCCGUCGAAUUGUAAAUCUAGUGUUAAACUAACUAUUGAACAUGUUUUUACAAAAACUACAAACGUGGAUUUAACGUCAUUUAACAUCACAUAUUUGUGUAAUCCUAUAUUUUACAUGAUGAAAGUCAAAUUAAUCCUGUGGAUAUUGUUAUUGGGAAUUGUAAACUACAUUUAUUUAGGAACUCAGUGACUCGUUUGUUUCAUUUUUCUAAUAUUUUCGUUGGGAGGUUUAUUGGAUUGAAAAUAUUAUAAUACAUAAAUG